GCCCUCUCAGCCACCGCCUCUCCCCUGCCCCCCAUGCCCCCGCGCAAGAAGCCCUUCUCUGCCAAGCAGAAGAAGGAACAGACCAAGCUCAAGCGCGCAGUAAAACGAGGCGACGCCGAACCCCCGCCCAAGCUCGACCGUCACGGCCGGCCCCAGAACAAACAGACAUCGCUAGACAGCCCGUCCCAGGCCGCCGAUGCGUCGCGCCGUCUCCAAUCAUCCUUCGUCAGAUUACCCGCCGACUUCUUGGAUGCCACGCGCAAACUUGCGUCCGAGCUCCCGCUCACUAGACCGAUCCCGCCUCAGGCCGCGAUCUGGCAAGAACAAUCAGACGGACUCGGAUCUGCCGGCAAACCGAAUUUGACCUUGACGUGUCCGAAGCGACCCAAAUGGCGGUAUGACAUGUCCAAGAAAGAAGUCGAGGCCAACGAGGAAGGCCUCUUCGCAAAGUGGCUCGCGCAGACCGAUGUCGCCGUCGACCACUGGGCUGCCCCAGUGAGCCAGCCAGAUCCCGACGACCCCGCCCCCGCCGCCAAAAUGCCCAGUGCACCCACCUCCUAUGAGCGCAACCUUGAAGUCUGGCGACAGCUUUGGCGCGUGACCGAGAUCUCCCAGAUCUUCCUCAUCCUCCUCGACUCUCGCUGUCCCUUGCUGCACUACCCACCAGCCCUCUCCUCAUAUCUCACUGGCCUUCCGUAUGCGUCGCGUACGCGCAUCAUUCUGGUCCUCACAAAGGUCGACAUCGUGGGCCCCGCACGCGCCGAUGCAUGGGCCGCGUACCUACGAGCGAAGUACCCGGGCACACGCGUCGUGCAAGUCGAGUCAUACGCUGAAUUAGAGAGCGCUCCACCUCCCGCUCAGGGAAAGAAGAAGACACUGGAAGCCCGACUACCCUUCCCUUUUCGCCGCACGCUCGUCGGGGCACUCAAGGACGCGCAUGAGGAGCUCCUCACACCGCCCGAGUACGUGCGGGGCGAUCCCGCAAAGCUCGAGCGAUGGAAGCCGCGCGUGCGGCGUGAGGUUGAUUGGACGGCUGUCCUCGAGGCGGAGGGUGAGCGCGUAGGCAGCGUCGUCGGUGGUGCAGCGGCGCCCCGCCCGGCCACUCAUCCUCACGAAGGCUCUGUGGAUCAGGAAGGUCCUCCGCCCGCGGACGAAGGUGAUGAAGAGAGGGCAGAUGGAGAUGCUACGGAAACGGAGUUCCUAACGAUCGGCCUUAUAGGCCAGCCAAACGUAGGAAAGUCUUCCCUCCUGAACGCGCUCUUCGGGCAGCACAAGGUGAAGGCGUCCCGAACGCCGGGCAAGACGAAGCACUUCCAGACGCUCUUCUGGACGCACGAUGUGCGCCUCGUUGAUUGCCCCGGGCUGGUCAUGCCCAACUAUGUCCCCAUGGAGACUCAGGUCCUCUCUGCGAUCUUGCCCAUCUCGCGCGUCUCCGCAGUCGCCCUCUGCACGCACCACGCCGCGCAGCUCCUCCCCCUCGAGCGCAUCCUCCAACUCACCCACCCCACCCUCGCAUCUCCACCGCCCGAGGACCGCCGGACCUGGCGCGCGGGCAUGCGGCCGCGCGCGGAGGCUGGCAGCGAGGCGCGAGUGUGGACGGCGAUGGACGUGCUGACGGCGCACGCGCUCCGCAAGGGCUGGGUGACCGCGAAGGCGGGUCGGCCGGAUGUCAGCCGCGCGGGGAACGCGAUCCUGCGUGCCCUCGCGGAGGCGAGGAUCCGCUGGGCGUUCUGGCCGCCCGGGACGGACCCGCGUGUCGUCGAGGAACACCAGGACGGCGUCGAGGGUGCUGGGAUAUGGAUCUCGGCUGACAUUGACCAUGAUGUGGACGUCGAGAGCGACGAUGUCGCCACGGCAGAGUCGGAUCGCGAGAAGUCAGCCGCCGAGGAGGAGACGGAGGAUGAGGAGUUAGAGGAUCCAACCCCAGUCGUGGGCGGUGCUUCGAGUCGAUUUGCAGCCCUCUCGAUGGAGAACGACGACUCGGAUGCCUCCGAUGAGUGACUGAACCAUGACAGCAUAUAACUAUACGCACUCAUGCAUUCUCAUGACGCACAUCGUAUCUGGUACAACACUCCAUGUACUAUUAUCGGCAAUCAAUGCAUACUCGCACAGAC